AGGGACCCCAUCUAGUAGGCACACUCAUUCACUCAGUUACUCUCUCCUCUCCCAGUCUGGGACGUCUAGGACUGCUGUGUCUGUAGCUUUCUAACAGACGCCUCUCCAUACUCAGACAUGAUGCCUCGCAUCUUCCUCACCUGCUUGAGUUCUUUGCUCCUCCUCUUCCUCUCCCCCCCAACGCAUGCCGAACCCCGCCGACCAUCGUCAUCAUCACCACGCAGCAGGACCGCACACGCUCAGGCUCCCGUGGGCAAGGUGCGCCUGGCGGGAAACUAUGCCCAGGGACAUAACGAGGGUCGUGUAGAGGUGCUGCACAACAACACGUGGGGGACGGUGUGUGAUGAUGAAGUGGACAUCAAACUGGCCAAUGUCGUCUGCCGGGAGCUGGGCUUCCAGACCGGCAUGACAUGGGCGCACAGUGCCAAAUAUGGAGAGGGUGAUGGUCCUAUCUGGAUGGACAAUGUGCGUUGUGACGGCACAGAGAAGACUCUGAAAGACUGUAAACAUAACGGCUGGGGCGUCAAUGACUGUAAGCACUCUGAGGACCUUGGCGUGGUCUGCAGUCCGGAGCGACGACUGGACCAGGUCACAGGUUCGCGUAAUGGUCAGUCGGUUGCCCUGCGUCCGGAUGUCAGUCCCUCGCCCCAGUGGCAGAGCAUUCUGGCCAGCCGCAGUAACCCCCGACAGGCCCAUCAGGGAAACGGACACCUCCCGGAAAGCCCCAGGCUGAGACAGCACCUCUACAACCCGUAUUCCAGCAAGGUGCGCAUUCAGGAGGUGCGUCUGCGACCCAUCCUGAUGCACACUAAGAAGCGGGCCCUGAUCACUGAGGGUGUGGUGCAAGUGAAGCAUGCUGGGAGAUGGAGGCAGGUGUGUGACCUGGGCUGGAACCUCAACAGCAGCAAAGUGGUGUGUGGAAUGCUGGGGUUCCCUGAGGCAGAACUACACAACGAAAGAACAUACAAGAAAAUCUGGGACACCAAGGUUGCUGAUCCAUCCACAAGGCUGAGCCUCAUGGCUCGUAAAAAGGGUUUCUGGGUAGAGAAGGUUCACUGCCUGGGGUCAGAGACCAGCCUAUCAGAAUGUCACGCUCAGCUGUCCAUUCCACAUAGCCCCACCCCCUGUAAGAGUGGGAGACAUGCGGUGGCGAGGUGUGUACCGGGACCGCAGUUUGCACGUAUGUCAUCUGGAAGACCCCAGGCACCCCACCCAAUUGUGCCGGUGCGUCUGAAGGCUGGCCCCAGGCUGGGUGAGGGCCGGGUGGAGGUGCUGAAGGAGGGGAAGUGGGGGACCAUUGUAGACCACGUCUGGAACCGCGUCUCAGCUAGCGUGGUGUGCAGGGAGCUCGGCUUCGGAACCGCCAAAGAGGCCCUCACUGGAGCUUACAUGGGACAAGGUACUGGUCCUAUCCAUAUGAACAGUGUCCAGUGUUUGGGGACAGAGAAGUCUAUCCUAGACUGUUACUUCCAAGAUGUCCCUCUUUGGACGUUUAAACACACCCAGGAUGCUUCAGUACGCUGCAACAUCCCCAAGCUUGGCCUGGACAGCACGGUGCGAUUGGCGGGGGGCAGGGAGCCAGGUGAGGGGCGUGUGGAGGUACUGAUGGAUGUAGGGGGUCGUAAGAGAUGGGGGUCAGUCUGCAGUGAGAACUGGGGGAUCAACGAAGCCAUGGUGGUCUGUAGACAGCUGGGUCUGGGGUUCGCAUCCCGAGCACACCAGGAGACGUGGUAUUGGGCUGGGGAUCGUAACGCAGCAGAGUUGGUGUUGAGUGGAACCCACUGUGUUGGAACUGAGCUGUCAAUCCAACAGUGUCGCCGUAACAACCAUGUACACUGUCCCCGAGGGGGUGGGACUAAUGCUGCAGGGGUCACCUGUUCAGAGACUGCCCCUGACCUGGUACUAGAUGCCCAACUGGUUCAGGAGACAGUUUACCUAGAGGACCGACCCCUACACCUGCUGACCUGUGCCAACGAGGAGAACUGUCUGUCAUCCUCCGCUGCCAGAAUGAACUGGCCCUACGGACACCGCCGCCUGCUACGAUUCUCCUCCAGGAUUAUGAACAUGGGACGGGCCGACUUCAGACCUAGGGCUAACAGAGAGUCUUGGACAUGGCACGCAUGUCAUAGGCACUACCACAGCAUAGAGGUGUUCACCCACUAUGACCUGUUGACUCUGAAUGGAACCAGAAUAGCUGAGGGACACAAGGCCAGCUUCUGUCUGGAGGAUACAUACUGCCCUGAAGGUCUGCAUAAGCGUUUCUCCUGCUACAACAUGGGCGACCAGGGCAUCUCAGUGGGUUGCUGGGAUACGUAUCGCCACGACAUCGACUGUCAGUGGAUUGACAUCACCGAUGUAAAGCCUGGAGACUACAUCUUCCAGGUGGAAGUUAACCCUUCGUUAGACAUGGCUGAAUCGGACUUCCAGAACAACGUGAUGAGAUGUCGAUGCAAAUACGACGGACACAGAGCAUACAUGUAUGGAUGUCACGCAGGUGAUGCGUACAGUGCAGAGAUUGAGGACCUGUUCGAGCACCAACGGCAGAUCUCCAAUAACUUUGUCUAGGCCCAUUCAGGGCCCAGCGUUGGCACAGUCUGGUGCCCAGCGAAGAGGGCUCAGAGCUGGGAACAUAUACUUCUCAGGGUGGCCUGGGGUCUGGUGGGUCCAGGGACUCCUGCCCCACAACACUAGAGGACUCACGGAAUUGCACCUGUCCACCGCCCUGACCUGCUGUUGGCUACACUACCCAAAAUACACCACAACCAGGAGAAGACCAUCACCCUUACCACACCCAACAGUCAAUAGCAACUGAGAGCAGGACAGGUGUCACCAAGGCAACCAAAUUAGUUCAGUUAACAAUGGAUAAUUAAAAUGGUAUGGAUUCAAUCAACUGUUAGGUCAUUUGUUAGUUUAUGAAUGUGGAUUACUAGUAAUUUAGCUACUCAAAGUUUGUAUGAAUUAAUUCUGAUUAAGAUUAAAUUAUUAUUGUCUGUCCAUGAUUUAAAAUGACUAACAUGUCAAAUCAAAUGUAUUUAUAUAGCCCUUCUUACAUCCGCUGAUAUCUCAAAGUGCUGUACAGAAACCCAUCUGUACAGAAAUCCAGCCUAAAACCCCAAACACAUGCUUGGUCCCGUAUACCCGCGUCCCAGGAAAGGAGAAAGAAUGACUGAAAAGAGGUCUGCGUUAUCUGUUUGACUGUUGGUCUGUCUGGACAAAUGUCUCCUACAUCUACAUUAUCACAAUAUUGGUACUGUUUGACCAAAUCACAACCUUCCUGUAGACUUUGAUGUCCGUAGCUCUACAGUGGACCUCAAGGCCCGGGUUUGAAUACAUAGUUGUGUAUGAACCGUUUAUGUUAGUUUUCACAAUUUAAUUAGCUGUUUUAUUAUUGUGCAAGUAGUCAUAUUCUGAUGUGUUAACCAUUUUUUCUCAAAAUACUGUAACUACAGUAGAACUGAUACACAAAACUAAAUAGUGUUGAGUUAGUAAACAUUUCUCUCUUCUGUUUUUAAAUUACUAUUACAUGAAGGCCUUGAAGUUGGCUUCUGUUAUUUUAUCUUGAUACCAGCAAAGAAAAUGUAACUUGAGGUAGUUUACUUUAUUCUUUACUGUGUUAACUGAAUUUCAAUGCUUUUGGUGCAAAUCUUUUCAUAAUAUGUAAUGCUGCAGGUUAAUUUAUUUAAGGCUAACGCUUGCAUACUUUUUAUAUUGAUUAAACAUAUAAAACAAACACAUUUUCACCCAAUAAGUCACCAUCUAGGUUAUACACUAGAAAAAAGGGUCUACCUAGAACCGAUGGUUCUUUGGCUGUCCCUGUAGCUCGGAGAACUCUUUUUGGUUCUAGAUAGAACUCUUUUUGGUUCAAUAAAAAAAAUGUUUUUGGGUUCCAGGUAGAAAAUAUUUUCUUAGAGUUUAACUUCAAAGGGUUGUAUCAUCUUAACUUUUCCUAUUCCUUUCACCAAAUGUCAAACUGAGAGACAGCGUUGUGCCAACCAUCUCGGUGCACUUUCCUCUUUUCCUUUUCCUGGCCUUCCCAGUGUGAGUGAAAGCAGGUUCAGCGGUAAACCCACAGUUCUGUGGCAGCCAGGUAGGCAGUGUAUAAAAAGCCUUUAAUUAGCUGUAUUUGGGUUAGAAUUAGGGUAAGCAUGGGGCGUACACAGAGAAACACUGCAACUGUGAACUCUGCUGCCACCAGCUACAGGCCCGGGUAGGAUAGACAGACUAGAGAGGGGGAAGGGAAGGGAAAGAGAGAGGGUGGGGGUAGAGAGGUAACAGAAAAAGGUUGACAGAGAGGACCAGAGAGAAACAGACUGAUAGAGAUGGAGAACACUGCCUUUGAAUGGGCAGAAAGCACAGGAGGUUGGUGGCACCUUAAUUGGGGAGAACGGGCUCGUGGUAAUGACUGGAGCGGAAUCUGUGGCGUAUAAAAUACAUCAACCACAUGGUUUCCAGGUGUUUGAUGCCAUUCCAUUUGCUCCGUUCCGGCCAUUAUUGUGAGCCGUUCUCCCCUCAGCAGCCUCCACUAGCAGAGAGAGAUCAACGAGAAAGAAAGAAAAGGAAAGAGGAGAAGCCUUGACAUGGGCAACACAACAGAUUUUACUACCAGUGAAAAUCCACCAUGGCCACUACUGCAGAAACCGCAUAACUGGCAUACUGAGCUCCUAAAGAGAACAACAUGUUUGUCUGAGAGCAAAAUAAACUGCUGGAUUCAAACAGUUAACAGCUGCUGCUGGUGCUGCUGUUGGGAACUGCUUAAAGCUAAAAGCAGAUUAGAAGUUGAACCUUGCUUCAUCCCUGUAGUGUUUCAAAUAUACUGUAUCUAUCCAUUUCCCAGUUGAAUCAGUAUCGGUGGAAUAUUCGAUUUUCUAUACAAUGUCUCCAUUUUGAGUCAUCCAUGUCUGUGGCAUGUAUGCCAUAGCUGACUGGUAGAUGGAUCUGUUUGUGUUUUAUCUUUUGUAUUUUGCAUGAGUUGGCUAAAAUGGAAACAAAUCUGGCGCAAAGCUAGUAUGCAGACCUUCCCCUGUGCUCUUAAAAGACUGACAGGACACUAUAAUGUGGUGUGGUCGGCUGUAAACACUAGAGUUCCUUAAAACCCCCUAGAGUCUAUUGACGCACCAAUCUAUAUAGAAAUCUGAUCAAUUUAAGCUAGAUUUAUCCGUUUUUUUUGUUGCAUGGGCUGCAUCUCAAUCUGCCUAUGUUGCACUUCCCACAUCUGCGGUGGAAAGUGACAGAGCUACAGUGCUGUUUGUCAGACCACGAGACAACCCGAAAAUCUGUCUUCUCACAAAAACCUCUGUAGCAUCCAAACGGUUUGGCCUAAAAACCUCUAUAGAAAGUGGAGACUCACAAACACGAUUGUGUUCUCCGUUUUGUUCUACGAUCCCCACAAGUGUCACAGGACUUAUCUAAAGGCAACCCAUACAAAUUAAUGGUAGUAUGGAGAUAGUUUAAAACCAACAAAAAUAAGGUGUUAAAUAUGUGUCAAAUAAAUAAAAACAUUUCCUGAGCUUUCAUAUCUCCUUUUCCUUAUGAUUUAUUGACUGUCUGUUUCUUGCCAUUUUUGAAUGUGUUAGUCAAUGCGUUUCUAUGGGCUAUGGUAGUAAAGGCCAAAUUCAAUAUUUUUGAUACCUAAAUGGGUCCUAAAAUUCAAAAUCAAAUAGCUAAAUGAUCCAUGGUAUGACCUUCUUAAAACAAUUCCAUAUGUCAGCUUAGAACCACCCCCCCAACAGCUUAGACUUUGAAGAGUUUUUUUAAAUGAAUAUAGCAGUUUAGCAGAUCCCUUUGGGUUCCCUACCCACUCAAUACACAUUUCAUGGGCUUUAGUUAUUGCCGUCUUGUCUUCAUCAACUUUUAUAUUACAAAACACCUCCAUGUUAUUAUGAAACAGUGUUAAGUUAACCCACAUCUCCGCCCCCCCCCCCCCCCCCCCCCACACACACACUUUUUAAUCAAUAAAAGCUGUAGAUUAAAUCAUACUAAAUACAGUUUAGAGGUGUCUCUACAGGGGUAUUUAAUCAUGUCAAAAAACAUUUUAUAGCUUAAUAUUUUUGUUUUUUAAUUGUAUUGUGCUUGUGUACAGUUGCUAUUGACAUAAUAACAUAGUCUAUUCUAUGUGUUGUUAUUUAAUUGUUGUAUUAUGUUCCAUAACUUUAAUAAUAACAGUUUUUGAUUCUUAUCCAUCACAUUCACUAAACUAACAUCAUAUAUUUUACUGUAUGUACGCAUAUCCAUGCUGUUGAAAUAUCUAGCGUUGGCAUAUCUAUAAUGCUACAUGGCCAGUUUGCCAACUGGUUGUCAUAUGUGAUAAUGUUUGAAACGGUAUGCAGUGUAAGCUGAAUGUGUGAGCUAGGGUGCUUAUUUAAUAUUCAUAUAGAAAGCUUGUGCUCUCAGAGACUCAAAUAACUCCCAAAACCAAAUCUUUGAUUCAUGUGUGACCAAAGUAUUCUUUCAUGAAAUAAAUGAUCAAUUCUUUGGUCAAAUGGUUUCACA